AAAAAAUAAUUAUAUUAUGUUCAUCCAGCUCAUCGACUAACAAAAUGUUCUUGAAUAGGUGGAUUUGUGUGUUUGCGUUUAUGUGUGUGGAAAUUCAUGCCAUAGAAUUUCAAAUCAAAAACAAUGAAGGCGGAGAUGUUUGGGUCGGUAUUCAGGGAAAUCCUGGUCAUCAACAUCUCAGAAACGGUGGAUUCGCUCUAGGUGCUAGACAACAGGUUUCUGUUUAUGCACCUGACAACUGGGCUGGACGUUUCUGGGCAAGGACGUUCUGUGAUCCCAGGACAAACCACUGUCUAACAGGAGACUGCGGGAAUCGUUAUGAGUGCCGUGGGGCUGGUGGAAAUCCCCCAGCUUCUUUGGCCGAGAUUACUCUGAAGGGACACGAAGGGCUCGACUUCUAUGAUAUUUCUCUCGUCGAUGGUUUUAAUUUGAAAAUAUCGAUGGCGCCACUUGGUGGCCAAUCUGACGGCGGUCGUUACAGCUGCAAGAGAGCCGGAUGCGACAAUCCAAUCAACAACCAUUGUCCAGGUGAAUUGCAGCUGAGGGGUCCGAAUAACUGGGUUAUAGGAUGCAAAUCAGCCUGUUUGGCCUUCAACACUGACCAGUACUGCUGCAGAGGGGCACACGCCUUUCCUUGGACCUGCAAGGCGUCCGACUGGCCUAAGAAUUACCCGGCAAUGUUCAAGGGUUGGUGUCCCGACGCCUACAGCUACGCCUAUGACGACCACAAGAGCACUUUCACUUGCAGGAACGUACCAGUCUACAGGAUCGAAUUUGGAGGUUGAACAACUCACAUUUUGGAUGUAUCCACUGAUUAUGAAAUGAAUAAGAAUAAAUAACCAGACAUAUGAAUAAAUAUAAAUGAAAGAGA